AUGCUCUAUCUUCGCCGACUAGAAAACAUCAAUGGAAGCAUAGUACCACAUACAACCGACAUCAACUCUGGCCAAUACACACAAAAACGCUCUCGCCCAACUUGCCUCUGGGCUAACAUCCCUACAUUGUGGAGAGGCUAUUUGACUGGUGCGAUCAGCCCGUUCGAGAUCCACGUUUUUUUUUCAACACUGAUGUUGACUGUAGGGUAUUUUCGCGAUAGAAAGCCACUAGAUAAUUACAAAGACGAUCCAUUCAGUACCACUGAUAGGAGUUUCAUGAAGGCGAAAACAGUCAAACAGCAGAAGUUAUCUCCUUAUCCAAAUCCAUCUACUCAGCUUAUCAUACAGUCGUGCUGCUAUAUGAUACUACUUACUGGACCCGGCUACACCCAAUCUGCUAUGACUGGACCCUCUUCCGGAAAGGCUGGUUCACUCUACAUGAUGAAUCAGCGAAGCUUCGAAACCAAGUUCCUUGAGUGUUAUCUUGUGUAUAUAUGGAUAGAAUCUAUGUUUCUCUUUCAAUAUUCUAUCAUCGUGCUACAUCUUUACCUCUUUCCCAUUUUUGAUGGCCCCCAGGUUGAGAUGGAGGUGAGACUCUCGGCUUUUGCACCCCUGGUCUCUCAUAUGAAUUCCGGAUCGUUGUGUAGAGUGAUGCGUCUGGAAAAAGCUGUCGGCGAAGACGUUGAGUUAUUUUCAUUUAAGGUGGCCUACGCGGCUUCCAGGCUUGUGGGAAAGCUCCAGGAUAACACACCCCAAGCUCCAUCCAUUCUGUUUUCGUCAAUAUUGUCAGAAAGCCAUAAGAGAUGGAUGAAACUCUUUAAGUACAUGAUAAGUGUGGCUAACAUUCUCUAUCAUAAAACUCCAACCGAUGUUUCAUAUCUCGGCGUAAGAUGCCCUCGCGAUAAAGGAUUUUUAAAUCCUCUAGCAUCUGCCUUACAUAUUCUCCAUGAAGAUUUAAUAUAUGAGAUGCCUUCGCUGGCUUCCAAGAUACCAGUUAGUAGGUACAUGAUCCACGUGAGAAACGGCGUCAGCAUGUUAUCGGCUAAUAAUCGCCGCAUUAGGUCUCUCAUCCUCAGCAGUCUUUCUGAUAGCAUCAUCGAUAAAAUUGAUCUCUUUGACGACAAGAAGUUCCCCAGAACUGACCCUUCAUCCAUUUGCAGUCCUAACGCAGUACGGAAGGAACCUGGAUUCAGGAAGAUAGCUGAAAUCGACGAUUUUGGGAGCAAGUUCAUGGGCAUAUUGUAA